CCCCUUCGGCUUGACAGAAGGCUAGAAAGCGACCAGAUGGGAUUGUGCGCUGCCUCCUUUUCAGAUUCCUCGCAUAGUAAACCGCAUCGCAGGCUUUUGUGAGCGGACUCCUCCCGUUGGCCGUCAGCCGUCAGCCGUGGCGUGACCGCGAGCGCACAACCUCGGAGGCUCGGCUGCGCUGCGAACCGGGACACGAGCGGUCGGGACAUUUGCGGACGCCCGAGCGAACGUCUCCACACCGCCCCAGCGUGAGUGUGUGUCCAUCAUGCCGCUGUUUGGUAAACCCCAUAAGAGUCCGGCGGACAUCGUCAAGACCCUGAAGGAGAACCUGGUCAUCCUGGUCAAGCAGGAUAAGAAGACAGACAAGGCGUCCGACGAGGUGUCCAAGUGCUUGGUGUCCAUGAAGGAGAUCCUGUAUGGCACCAACGAUAAGGAGCCUCACACUGAGACCGUGGCCCAGCUGGCCCAGGAGCUGUACAACAGCGGGCUGCUCAUAUCUCUGGUAGAAAACCUGCAGGUCAUAGACUUUGAGGGGAAGAAGGACGUGUGUCAGAUCUUCAACAACAUCCUGAGGAGGCAGAUUGGGACGCGGAGCCCCACGGUGGAAUACUUCUGCUCCCACCAGGAGGUCCUCUUCGUCCUGCUCAAAGGGUACGAGACGCCCCAGGUGGCGCUGAACUGCGGCAUCAUGCUGAGGGAGUGCAUCCGCCACGAGCCGCUCGCCAAGGUGGUCCUGCACUCGGACCACUUCCACAGCUUCUUCAACUACGUGGAGAUGUCGACCUUCGACAUCGCCUCCGACGCCUUCGCCACCUUCAAGGACCUCCUGACCAGACACAAAGUGCUGGUGGCUGAAUACCUUGAGCAGAACUACGAUGCUGUGUUUGCAGACUACGAGAAGCUGUUGCACUCUGAGAACUACGUCACCAAGAGGCAGUCACUAAAGCUUCUGGGUGAGCUCCUACUGGACAGACAUAACUUCACAGUGAUGACGCGCUACAUUAGCAAGCCUGAGAACCUCAAGCUGAUGAUGAAUUUGCUAAGAGACAAAAGUCCCAACAUCCAGUUUGAGGCCUUUCACGUCUUCAAGGUGUUCGUAGCGAAUCCCAACAAGACGCAGCCCAUCGUCGACAUCCUGCUCAAGAACCAGACCAAACUAAUCGACUUCCUGAGCAACUUCCAGAAGGACCGCACGGACGACGAGCAGUUCAACGACGAGAAGACCUACCUAAUCAAACAGAUCAGGGAUCUGAAGAAACCUGCGUCCUAGAGAAGCACCUCAUUCCCCCAGACCUGACUUUAUAACAAUAGGAAAUAGGAAAAAAAAUACAUUAACAAUAAUGGUUGUUCAAUUUAAAAUAUCUUCAAGACAUUUUGGUCUUAUUUUUUUUCUUGGUUGUUUCAAUGAAAAUUAGUUUUUCGUUUCCCACCUGUAGCACGUGGUGCCACAGCUCGUCCUGUUGGGAGGCAGCAGGUUUGCUUUGUUCAGAGAACCAGCGGUUGAAAUGUCACCUAACAGUGAUCGUCAAAGAAACCUUCGAUUUUCUGACCACGUUUGUAACUUCGUCACCAUUCCAUGGUGCUGUAAUGCUUAUAAAUAGAAUGAUCAACUCUUUGAAUGAAGUAGCUGGAAAUUAGAAAAAUAAUGAAGAAUUUUAGGCCUUUUAUUUUUUAUUUAAAGCUGUGUCUGAUCUAAAUCAGGCAAAAACGUGAAAGCACGUUAAUCAAAUAUUAGCUAAUGCAAACUUAUUGUACUGCCACAGCCCCCGUUUGGUCAUCAAAACGAAAUCUAUGAGCAUACAUCUAAAUGAAGGGUCUUUAAUCAUAUCGGUACUAAAGUUAAAUCAUUUUUGAUCACUGGUUCUCUUUGCUGGUGGCUGAUAGCACUUUUUAUAUCAAGCAUCAAUGAUUUGUCCUUUUUCUGUUAAUCUAAAGCUGAUCACCAUUUUCACACUGCUCAAUUAUAUGUUUUUUUUAAAUCUAUACUUCAGUUUCUUGUGUACAGGUCUGGUUUGUACUGAAGUGAGUGCCAUUGUGAGUGAUCAUUAGCAGGAGGCACAGUUUGUGCAUGUCACUCUUCUUUCUGUACUGUAGCAAGUGAUUUGUUCUGAUCUGAUGUCGACUUUAGGAAGGAACCAGGCGGACGAUUCAGAGGUGCCUUUUGAGUUUAGUGUUUUCUCUCAUUUUCUCUCUUUUUUUAGAAUUUCAGUAUCUUCCUAGUGGGAGCUUAUUAUCUGGUGAAAAUAUGCUGCGGACAGAACACGUUUGUGAGGAAGCAGUGAACGUCUUAACUGAGCUGCCGUUGUGUACAGAGCAGCGUCAUGCUAUUUUGAUUUAGUGGCCAAAGUCGAGCAGACUCAGCAUUAGACACAGGUCAGUGUUGAUCUGCAACAGGUCUCCUCGGUGCAAAGUAACUGUGAAAAAUACCCAUGUACAUUAGAUAAAGGACCAUAAAAUGUGCAAACUCAGUGAGGAUAAAACACUGGUUUUAAAGCAGAGCAGUUUUUAUAUAGAAGGAAAUGACCAUUGUUUCCAUUUCUGAAAAAUGACACUGACAUCAGUAAAAAUCGAGAAUUUAUUUCCCUUAGGACUACUUCAUUUGAAACAAAAUUUCCAACUCCUUUAGAUGUCUCACGCUAGCUACAGUCCCUCAAACGGAAAAUCCGUACACCUGAAAAUUGUAAUCUGAAAAAAAAAACCCUCAUUGAUUUCUAUUUUUGGUGAAGAAAAAAAAACACCAGCUAUUUAAUGUUAUAAGCUGUGACACUGUUUAUACUGUAUCAGAAUAGAACUCUAUCAGAAUUGUCACUGAUAGAAACAACCUUUAGCUUUUGCCUGUUUUACAACUAAAACGAUGAGCUAACCGGCACAUUAUCCCCCACACACUGACGCUAUUGUACCACAUUCACAGCAAAUAAACUGAUGGGAAUGAACAUA